GUUCCGCGUACCGGCACAAACUGAACGCGAAUCCCUGACGCAGCGUCCUGGGGCACUGAGGGCGGCGGCCUAGUCUCUGUAACCAGAGCUCCGCAUUCUCCGCGUUCUCGCUGCUGCCGCCUUCCGGGACGAUGGUGGCCGGCCUGCUGUUGCGCGCCUGGCCCCGGGGCCUUGCUUUUGGCCCGGGAGCCCUCAGUCGGCUCCUAAGCACAGGCUUCGACCCGGGCCAGUACCUGCAGCUGAGCAUCGUGCCCACUAUGCACUACCAGGACAGUCUGCCCAGGCUGCCUAUUCCCAAACUUGAAGACACCGUUAGGAGAUACCUCAGUGCGCAGAAGCCUCUCUUGGAUGAUGGCCAGUUCAGGAAAACGGAACAAUUGUGUAAGAGUUUUGAAAAUGGGAUUGGAAAAGAACUGCACAAGCAGCUGGUCGCUCAGGACAAGCAGAAUAAACAUACGAGCUACAUUUCAGGUCCCUGGUUUGAUAUGUACUUAACUGCUCGAGACCCAGUUGUCCUGAACUUUAAUCCAUUUAUGUCAUUCAACCCUGACCCAAAGUCUGAGUACAACGACCAGCUCACCCGGGCAACCAACAUGACUGUCUCUGCCGUCCGGUUUCUGAAGACACUUCGGGCUGACCUUUUGGAACCAGAAGUGUUCCACUUGAACCCUGCCAAAAGUGACACUGAUACCUUCAAGAGACUCAUACGCUUUGUGCCUUCCUCUCUGUCCUGGUAUGGCGCCUACUUGGUCAAUGCAUAUCCCCUGGAUAUGUCCCAGUAUUUUCGGCUUUUCAAUUCCACUCGUUUACCCAAACCCAGUCGAGAUGAACUCUUCACUGAUGACAAGGCCAGACACCUCCUGGUCCUAAGAAAAGGACACUUCUAUGUCUUUGAUGUCCUGGAUCAAAAUGGGAACAUUGUGAGCGCCUCAGAAAUCCAGGCUCAUCUGAAGUACAUUCUCUCAGACAGUAGCCUGGCCCCCGAGUUUCCACUGUCAUAUCUGACCAGUGAGAACCGGGACAUCUGGGCAGAGCUCAGACAGAAGCUGGUGAGUGGUGGCAACGAGGAGACCCUGAGGAAAGUGGACUCUGCUGUAUUCUGUCUCUGCCUAGAUGACUUCUCCAUUAAGGACCUUGUCCACUUGUCCCACAACAUGCUGCACGGUGACGGCACAAACCGCUGGUUUGAUAAAUCCUUUAACCUCAUUAUAGCCAAGGAUGGCACUGCUGCUAUCCACUUUGAGCAUGCUUGGGGCGAUGGUGUUGCAGUGCUCAGGUUUUUUAAUGAAGUGUUUAAAGACAGCACUCAGGCCCCUGCUAUCACUCCACGGAGCCAGCCAGCUAACACUGACUCUUCUGUCGCCGUACAAAAACUCAACUUCAAGCUGAAUGAUGCUUUAAAGACUGGCAUUAGCGCUGCUAAGGAAAAAUUUGAUGCCACCAUGAAAACCCUCACCAUUGACUACAUCCAGUUUCAGAGAGGAGGCAAAGAAUUCCUGAAGAAGCAGAAGCUGAGCCCUGACUCGGUGGCUCAGCUGGCCUUCCAGAUGGCCCUCCUGCAACAGUACGGGCAGACAGUGGCCACCUAUGAGUCCUGUAGCACUGCAGCAUUCAAGCAUGGCCGCACCGAGACCAUCCGCCCGGCCUCCAUCUUCACAAAGAGGUGCUCUGAGGCCUUUGUCAGGGAGCCCUCCAAGCACAGUGCUGGAGAGCUUCAGCAGAUGAUAGCCAAGUGCUCCACGUACCACAACCAGCUGACCAAAGAAGCAGCGAUGGGCCAGGGCUUUGAUCGACACUUGUUUGCUCUGCGGUACCUGGGAGCAGCCAAAGGGAUUGACCUGCCCGGGCUAUACCUGGACCCUGCGUAUAGGCAGAUAAACCACAACAUCCUGUCCACGAGCACGUUGAGCAGCCCAGCAGUGAACAUCGGCGGCUUUGCCCCCGUGGUCCCUGAUGGUUUUGGCAUUGCGUAUGCUGUUCAUGACAACUGGAUAGGCUGCAACGUCUCUGCCUACCAAGGCCGCAAUGCCCAUGAGUUUCUCCAGUGUGUGGAGAAGGCCUUAGAAGACAUGUUUGAUGCCUUAGAAGGCAAAGCCAUCAAAUCUUAACUUCUGGGUGGAUGAAAAGCCUCUAUUCCUUCAUCAACAUGAAAACUGGGGCCUCUGUAACCAGUAGGCACUGUUCUGUGACUAAUGAAACUAAUUGUGAGGUGCCUGAGCACCAGUGCUAUAAGGUUUGAGCUUUAAAACCGUGGUUUUAAAGCUAAACAUGUAAUUUCCAAGUGGAACUAGAUCACAACUAAAGAUAAUGUGAGAUUUCAAUUUUAAGGACAUUUGAUCAGGAGGUAAGACUUAGAAAAUAACUCAGGUGUAUUUAUUGUGGAAGCAGAAAUAAAAUGCAAUUCAUGCUUAGAGGUGGUUCCUCUUAGGUUUUGGGUUUUUUUGUUUUUGUUUUUAAUUGUUUAACCUUGUUGCCUAAUCCCCACAAAGAACUUUCCAGUAGUAAGUUCAGGUGAUAGUAAGUUCAUAUUGGCUCCUGGCUCUUCGGGUGAUGGUAGGAAAUGCUCUUUUAUCUUUCCUGUAAACUUGCUUCUCUCUCCUGGGAUAUCCUUUGUUUAAAAAACCUCUUCAUUUUUCUAAGGAGUAAACCACUACUGCUCGAUUCUGAUAGUCCUGCUGCAAUAAAGGGUUAUAUCCAUGGAUUUAGGGAGUUCUAUAUCACUGUUCUUCCAGCCAAAUGAAGAUUAAUAACUGGUGUGUAUUUAUUUUUACCAGUUGAAUCUUGUGUGCUAAUUAUGGAAUAAGGUAGAAUUAUUGCUCUA